GCGACUCUUGGCAGUCUAGUUGAAUUUGUUUACCAACAGAAAUAAUUUCUCUCCUCCUUUCUAAGUUAAGGACUUAAAUAUAGCGUGCAUGAUCAUGCCCCAUCGUCAUAACGUUGUCGAUCAGUCUGCGUUGUGUUACUUAUUUUCUCGAGCAGUGGACUGGGUGUGUGUAAGCGUCAUUCUUGUGUCUUGGAGCUACGUUAUUGCUGCUGCCUGCGUAACUGCUUCAAAACAGCUUUCCCCCAAUAUUUUAAGUGACAGAGGUUGGCUUAACACAAAGUAAUCAUUUACCAUGGCGUAUUCUGCUGAUCAAGCCGCAUUUCAAGUGCAGGAACGGUUGAAGGCUCUUUAUAGAUUGGUUCAUGAUAUUCACGAUGAACGUCAGCAAAGUGAACACAAUUUAAAUAGUAUUGAAAAGGCUCAUGAAAAAAUAAGUGCAGAAGAAAGAGUUUCUCCUCAAUAUCAGCAACAGCUUAAAAAUCUUUAUACAGCAGCAGUUGCUGAUGCAGAGCGAGAGGAAGAUCUUAUUCGCAAAGCUUUAACUAAAGUCAAUGAAAUCCGUGCAAUACGUAAUGAACGCAGAAUACAGGCAAGAAAUGCUGGGAACAAGGAAACAAUUCGGAGAGGAGCCUUAAUGAAAAUGCUGUUAAGCUCUGCUCAAACACUACCACUUUGGGUGGGCAAACCAGGUGAAAAGGCACCUCCUCUUUGUGGAGCUAUUCCAAUGGAAGCAUCUUAUAUUGCAAAACCUGGUGACAUGGUUGCUGCUUUGGUGAAAGGAGCAGAAGAGGAAGAGAAUUGGAUUUUGGCAGAAGUAGUGAGCUACAAUGGAGCUACUGGCAGGUACGAAGUUGAUGAUAUUGAUGAAGAGCAAAAGGAUCGACAUGUGUUGAGUCGACGAAGAGUUAUGCCUUUGCCUCUCAUGCGGGCUAAUCCUGAGACGGACCACACUGCUCUUUUCCCUAAGAAUUCAGUCGUUAUGGCUUUGUACCCUCAGACAACAUGUUUUUACAAAGCACUAGUCAAUGCUUUACCAUCAUCUGCAACUGAAGAAUAUGAAGUUCUCUUUGAUGAUCCAAGCUAUGCUGAAGGAUAUUCUCCCCCACUCCCUGUGGCACAACGCUAUGUAUUGGCUAUACGUGAUCGUAAAGGACAUUCUCACUCUUGACAACAGCACUUGCCACACGGCUGCUUAGUACAAUUACAUAAAACAAAUGAAGACACAGACACUGAGAAAUAGAAGUAUUGAAUAUCUAUCACUGGGAUUGAAAGCAUUUUCCUCACUAUUUCCCUUUGUUCAAUUCAUAUGAAUUUUAGAUUGUAGUUUUAAGAGUAAUGUGUAAAAUUAAUGUACAACAGAGUAAAAUUGAUUAUGACAACUUUGUAAAGAUCA